AUCUUCUGAAUUUGGCUCCUGAUUAAAGCUGACAGAUAAUGGAAACAUUUCCUUGGCGAUGUCUCUGGGGCGACUCCUCCGACGUGCCUCUUCAAAAGCUUCCGACCUCCUGACCUUGAAUCCUGGUGGUGGCAGCAGCUCCUCUUCCGUACUUGACGGAGAGAUGAUCUACUCUAAGAACAAUGUCUGUGUCCAUCCACCUGAGCUGCUACAAGGCGUCGGGGAGCACCAUCCAGGCUAUUUGUGCUUGUACGUGGAGAAGGAUGAGCUGCUGGGAACCACGCUUAUCCUUGCCUGGGUGCCAAACUCCCGCAUCCAGAGGCAGGACGAAGAAGCCCUGUGCUACAUCACUCCUGAGAGCUCCCCUGUCCGUAAAGCUCCCCGCAAACGCGGCCGCCACACUCAGGGUUUCGGCGUUGUCCGGCAGGCUUCCCCCACCGAGCAGAGAGGGACGGUGAUCCUGAAAGAAGAGAUCUUGACUGUGUCCCAGCUGGUGAAAGACGUGGCUUACAUCAGCUCCCCCUCUUCGGAAGGGGAGAAGCUGUCCCAGUGCUGCUCCGCGGCAGAACGCUCCCCCCCGCCCGCCCGCAGUGCCUCGGGAAUCCUCUCGACAGUCAGCUCUCAGGAGGAGCCCAACAGGUCGGAGCUGUCGGUGGAGGGGACAGAGGAAGGUCUGGACUGCAGGCCAGAGCCGGGGGAGGACGAGGGCUCCUUGGAGCUGUCUGCUGAUGACGUGAGCAGGGACAGUACUUUUGACUCUGAUUCUGAUGCCUUCUCUUCCCCCUUCUGCCUCUCUCCCAUUAGCGAAGCCCUCGGGAAAAGCAGUAGUUCUGUGUUUCUGGAUAACGAAAGCAG